GUAUGGAGCCCGGCUAAUACAUCCCAAGUAGCAAGAAGAACUAGCUUGUGAUCUGGCAGAGCUCUGCAGGAUAUGUAGAAGCCUGAGAAGGACCAUUACAGAUCAGCAGCAGAAAAAAAGCUCUUAUACAGAGACCCCAGGCGGGAGAUAUUGCAGGGCUCUCUCCAGGGACUGAAUGGACAGAUGUAAGGAUCCAGCAACUUUGCCUGACAGCAUCACCCUCAAGGGCUCCUGAAAUAGCUGCAGUUCAGGCUGUGUGUGACUUGUUUCUUCACAACUGCUCUUAUAUAAAUAGAGAUCUGCCUUUACCCUGCACCUUCCUAAAUACCCCUUCUUUAUUCUGGGAGCAUUCGAGUUUCUGGUUACCAUGGUGAUCGAGCUGAAAGUGAAUAAUAUUUAAAAGGGGGAGGUUGGACCCAGAAGGCAGACAAGCUGGUGCCAUCAGGAGUGUGUGCUGGGGCUGCUGACGGAUCAGCACAACUUCUCAACUUCUAUUUGAUUGCAAUGAGAGGGAGGGGAUCCUAAACAUUACUGGGUAUCUGAGAACCCCCCUUCUCCCCUUCUGAUGCAUUAUUUAUGAUCUUUGGCAAAAGAGGAGAACUCUACUAUUAAUUUGUGCGGCUAUUUGCAGCAUGGAUCAUUCCCAGUGCCUUGUGACUAUUUAUGCCCUGAUGGUAUUUCUGGGACUUAGAAUAGAGCAAGGAGUUUGUCAGCAUUAUCUGCACAUCAGACCAGCUCCCAGUGAAAACCUACCACUUGUGGACCUUAUUGAACAUCCGGACCCUAUAUUUGAUCCCAAGGAAAAGGAUCUCAAUGAGACCCUGCUCAGGACUCUUAUGGGUGGCCACUUUGACCCCAACUUUAUGGCCAUCAACCUGCCAGAGGACAGACUGGGAGUAGAGGAUCUUGGGGAGCUGGACCUCCUCCUCAGACAGAAGCCUUCAGGGGCAAUGCCAGCAGAAAUCAAAGGACUAGAGUUUUAUGAUGGUCUGCAGGGCAAGAAGCACAAACUGAGCAAGAAACUCAGACGGAAGCUGCAGAUGUGGCUUUGGUCACAGACUUUCUGCCCUGUCCUAUACACGUGGAACGAUCUAGGGACCAGGUUUUGGCCACGUUAUGUUAAAGUUGGAAGCUGCUACGGCAAGAGAUCUUGCUCUGUACCAGAGGGCAUGGUGUGCAAAGCUGCCAAGUCCAUGCAUCUGACUAUACUGAGGUGGAGAUGCCAGAGAAGGUCUUUACAAAAGUGCACAUGGAUACCCAUUCAAUACCCCAUCAUAUCUGAGUGCAAAUGCUCAUGUUAGGACUUUGAUGAACUUCUGCAAAAGACAUAGCUUUUUGGUUAAUGUUGUAUGCACUGUAAUAUGUAGGAAUGUAUAUGUGUGUAUAUAUGGUACAAGUCUAAAUUACUAUUAAAAGGUCAGUAUUAUUCUUUUAAAUAACCAGUGUCUACUGUAUUUUCAAGACUAUUAAUCUGGUUGUGAUUUUAUUAUUAUUAUUAUUAUUUGGCUAAUGUAUCUGUAUUUAUAUCCUGAAAAGCACUUCGCGUUGCGAAGCAUUUUUUUUUUAAAAAAAAUGUUAAAAAUAUCUUAAUAUAGAAGUUUUUUUUCCCCAUUAUUUGGGAAAUUACAGUUUGAUGGACCUCAGAAAAAAAGAAGAUAUUGUUUUCCAUUUAUUGUAAAUACAGAGAACACAUUUUUUUUUGAAAGACGAAAAAAAGACUAAUCUUGUAAAUGAAAAAAAAACUAUCUAUUUAUUCUUUUAUUGUAGUAAUAAGAAAACAGUGCAGAAUUAAAGUAAAAACCACUAAAAUCUGAAA